AUGGCAGAUAAACCGUUACGCAUUAUGCAGUGGAACGCCCGCUCAGUAAUCAAGAAGCGCGAAGAGCUGGCUCACCUAACACAGCGUGAAAACAUCGAUAUAGUGGCAUUAUGUGAAACUCAUCUCAAACCAGAAAAGAACUUCAACCUACCAGGAUACACAACAAUUCGCUUAGAUCGAACGGGAAUCGCUGGCGGCGGUGUAGCACUCGCUGUCAAAAACGACAUCAAAUUUCACUCCCUACCUCACUACCGUACUUCCAUAAUUGAAGCCGUCGGGGUGCAAGUUGAGCUAGCGAACGGCAAAAUCGACAUCGUCUCCGCCUACUGUCAUCGACAAUGUACAGCGGAGCUGAGGAAAAAGUUCCGUGGUGACCUCAUCAAACUGACCAGAACAAACAGUAACUACAUCAUUGCUGGAGACCUUAAUGCGAAGCACCAAAGCUGGGGAAACCAAUGCUGCAACACAAAUGGAGGACUGUUAUUCGGUGACGCACAAGCGGGUCACUACAUCAUCAGUGCACCUAAUGAACCUACCUAUCUGUCGAGACGCGGAGUGCAUUCAACAUUAGACUUCUUCAUCACCAACUACGGAAACAUCUCUGACCCAGUGACAAUCACCGAGCUUAGUUCCGACCACUACCCGGUGGUGCUGGAAGCAGGCUGUGCGACAGUGAAACGACAGAAGCAGACAAGGAAGGAUUUCACCAGAGUCAACUGGGUGGAAUUCCAGCGCAUCGUAGACCGGCAUAUAAACGACGGUGCAGAGCUUGCAACCACAGCAGAUGUGGACCGGGAAAUCGAUUUGCUCAACCGAGCAAUCCGAGCUGCAGAAGAAAGGUGCAUUAGAACAAUAGAAAGCGGCUACAACAGUGGCGACGAGUAUAUUGGCGGAUAUUUGGUGAAAUUUCGAUUCACGAAAAGUAACCUCAAAAUUCCGUCACCCCCGCGUAAAAAACGGAGAAGAAGCAUGGAGAAUGGUCAAAUUCCACAUGAUAAUGACCGGGAGCAGGUCCCACCAGCAGCAGAUCCGCUAAUCGUGCAGUUCAUGCACCUGAUGCAGCAACAGCAGCUUCAGCACCAGCAGCUAAUGGCACAGUUUCUCCAGCGGCAGCAGCAAAACGACGAGCAGCAGCAAGCAUUUUUCCGGAGUGCAGUUUCAUCUAUCCACGUACAAGUACCACCCAACCCAGAACAAAUUCUUGACUCUUUGGCAGGCAACGUGAAGGAAUUUCGCUACGACGCUGACAAUAGCGUCACGUUUGCGGCUUGGUACAGCAGGUAUGAAGAUUUGUUCGAGAAAGAUGCCGCUCGUUUGGACGACGAAGCGAAAGUCAGGUUACUGCUGCGAAAGCUGGGCGCAGUUGAACAUGAAAGGUAUGUUUCCUUUAUUCUACCGAAACUUCCGAAAGAACACACCUUUGCCCAAUCAGUAGCGAAGCUGAAAAAUUUAUUUGGGUCGAAAGAGUCGGUAAUAAGCAGGCGGUAUAGAACGUUGCAAAUCGCCAAGCACCCGACUGAAGACCAUAUUGCUUUCGCUUGCCGUGUUAAUAAAGCCUGCGUUGAGUUUGAGCUGGGAAAGCUAUCGGAAGAGCAGUUUAAAUGCUUGACAUACGUUUGCGGAUUGAAAGCAGAAAGCGAUGCAGAAACCCGUACACGGCUGCUUUCCAGGAUUGAGGAAAACAAUGGCGUCACGUUGGAGCAGCUAGCGGAAGAAUGCCAGCGUCUUCUUAACCUCAAACAUGACAAUGCUAUGAUCGAGUCAGCCACAUGUUUCGGUCAAGUGAAUGUCAUUAAGCAGCGAUCUUCUGAUAAACGGUUCUACAAACGGGAUCAGCCAUCUUCGAAGCCUGCUGCAAACGACACGAGGAAAAAACCUGAUACACCGUGUUGGUUUUGCGGUGCAUUUCACUACGUACGGGACUGUACCUUCAAAAACCACAAAUGCUCUGAAUGUAAGCAGUUUGGACAUCGUGAAGGCUACUGCAACAGUUCAAAAAAGUCACAACGUUCAUCGAGAAAGGGUAAUCAUUCGGUGGCAAGCAAAAUGGUCGUCGUUAAUGUGUGCAACGUGCAGAAGCGAAGGAGAUUCGUUUCCGUUACCCUUGAUGGAACACAGGUUCGUCUUCAGUUGGAUACGGCUUCCGAUAUUACCGUCAUCAGCCAGCAGAUCUGGAAGAAAAUUGGCAGCCCAAGGUUGUCACCAGCAACAGUAAAAGCCAAGGCAGCAUCUGGAAACAUUUUGCCACUUGAUGGUGAAUUUAACUGUGACAUCACUAUCGGCGAAAACACACGCACGCAGAUAAUUCGUGUCACCGAGAAACCACUACACCUGCUUGGAUCUGAUUUAGUCGAUAGUUUUCAUUUGUGGUCCAUACCAAUGGAUACUUUUUGCUGCCAAGUUACUAGUACCCCGUCCACCAGUGGAACUCUCAAAGCUACUUACCCAAAAGUGUUCAGCGAAAAGCUCGGGUUGUGCAACCGGACCAAAGUUAAAUUUGAGGUAAAAGAACAGUGCAAGCCUGUUUUUUGUGCCAAGCGUCCGGUGGCGUAUGCAAUGUACAGCGCAGUCGACCAGGAAUUGGACAGGUUAGAAAAACUCAAUAUCAUCACACUGGUCGACUAUUCGGAAUGGGCAGCGCCGAUCGUCGUAGUGCGCAAAGCAAAUGGCAACAUCCGAAUUUGCGGAGACUAUUCAACAGGUCUAAACUCCGCUUUGCAGCCUCAUCUGUAUCCACUGCCACUCCCGGAAGACAUCUUUGCCAAGCUGGCUAACUGCAAAAUAUUCAGCCAGAUUGAUCUUUCGGACGCUUUUCUACAGGUGGAAAUCGACGAACAGUACCGUCAUUUGCUGACAAUUAACACACACCGUGGUCUUUACCACUACAACCGCCUUCCACCUGGUGUAAAGGUAGCACCUGGUGCUUUUCAGCAGCUCAUCGAUACCAUGCUAGCCGGCCUUAAGGGCACUUCUGGUUAUCUCGAUGACGUCAUCGUUGGCGGUGAAACACAAGAGGAGCACGACCGUAAUUUGGAAGCAGUUCUUCAGCGGAUUCAGGAUUUUGGUUUUACCAUCAGAGCCGAAAAGUGCAGCUUCAGUAAGCAACAGAUACGCUAUUUGGGCCAUCUAUUCGACCGAUGUGGAUUGCAACCUGAUCCAGUAAAAGUUGAGGCAAUAACCAAGCUACCUCCUCCCACUGACAUUUCAGGUGUUCGCUCUUUCCUUGGGGCGAUCAAUUAUUACGGCAAGUUUGUGCCCAACAUGCGACAGUUGCGCUAUCCGAUUGACAACUUGCUGAAGUCGGAGACAAAGUUCGUCUGGAAUUCGGAGUGCCAGCAAGCGUUCGAGCGAUUCAAGCAGAUUCUCUCCUCGGGACUUCUGCUGACACACUACGAUCCGAAGCAGGAGAUUAUAGUAUCGGCUGACGCAUCAUCCGUUGGUCUCGGAGCAACCAUCAGUCACAAAUUCCCCGAUGGGUCCAUCAAGGUUGUUCAGCAUGCUUCCAGAGCGCUCACGAAAGCGGAACAAAACUACAGCCAGCCCGAUCGCGAAGGUUUAGCAAUCAUCUUUGCAGUCACCAAGUUCCACAAAAUGAUUUUCGGUAGGAAAUUCCGCCUACAAACCGACCACGCUCCUCUGCUUCGAAUUUUUGGUUCUAAGAAGGGUAUACCGAUGUAUACGGCAAACCGGUUACAACGUUUCGCCCUCAAUCUGCUAUUGUACGAUUUUGACAUUGAAUACGUGCCAACCGACAAAUUUGGCAACGCUGACGUGUUGUCUCGUCUAAUCAACCAACACGUUAAGCCAGAGGAGGAUUGCGUCAUUGCGAGCAUUAUCCUCGAAGAAGAUGUAAGGUCAGUAGCCGCAGAUACCGUUAAUAUGUUACCUCUCAGUUUCAGAGUCGUAGCACAGAGUACCCAAGCUGAUCCACUGCUUCGCAAAGUCUUCCGGUACAUACAAGACGGUUGGCCUUCAUCAAAAACCGUCGAUCCGGAGCUUAAGCGGUUUCACUCCAGGCAGGAGUCACUUACUGUGGUUGAUGGGUGUAUUCUGUUUGCUGAACGACUCGUCAUUCCAUCGCAGUAUCGAAAACGAUGCUUGGACCAGCUUCAUCGUGGACAUCCGGGCAUGCAGCGGAUGAAAGCAAUCGCCAGAAGCUACGUCUACUGGCCCUCCAUAGAUGAUGAUAUAAUUGGUUAUGUAAAGGCGUGUCAGCAUUGCGCAUCCGUUUCCAGGUCCCCUCCUUGCGCUGCUCCUGUACCGUGGCCGAAAACAUCCGGCCCAUGGCAGCGUGUUCACGUAGAUUUUGCCGGUCCCAUCGAAGGCGAAUAUUACCUCAUUGCAGUGGAUUCGUACUCCAAGUGGCCAGAGAUUGUGCAAACCAGAAGAAUCACCUCUACAGCUACAAUCAGCAUCCUGUGUGGCCUUUUUGCUCGACUUGGUAUGCCAGUGACUCUAGUGUCCGACAACGGUACCCAAUUUACGAGCGUGGAAUUUGCUGAGUUUUGCGCAAUCAACGGUAUCGAGCACAUCACGACACCCCCCUUUCAUCCACAAUCCAACGGCCAAGCUGAGCGUUUUGUAGACACUUUCAAAAGGGCCGUCAAGAAAAUCCGAGAGGGUAGAGGAUCAAUUACUGAUGCGUUGGAUACCUUCUUGCUCGCUUAUAGAAGCACACCUAACCGUUCGGCUCCUGAAGGCAAAUCUCCAUCUGAACUUUUGUUUGGUCGCAAGAUCCGAACCUGUCUCGAACUACUUCGGCCGCCCCCUGCGACUGAACCGAAGCCAAUCGAGAAGCAGCACAGCCAGUUGAGAUUUUUCAGUCGGAAUGAUCCAGUAUUUGCCAAAGUAUAUGCAAGAAACAGUUGGAAAUGGUCUCCAGGUGUGAUCGUCGAAAGAAUUGGUGACGUGAUGUACAACAUCUGGGUGGAGGACCGCCGAAUGCUACGUUCGCAUAUUAAUCAACUCCGUAGUCGAACUGUAACCGGAUCAACCACCAACACAGUAGGACAGCAAACCAGAUAUGCUCAGUUACCUUUGGAUAUUCUGUUGGACGUGUGGAAGCUGCCGAACUUACCAACUGAUACAACAUCACAGUCAUCAUCGACGCUGCAGCCAACCACCUCACAAUGUGCAUCGUCGACACCUCGUUGUGAUCAGCCGCCUGAAUCGGUGGUUAGUCCAUCACUUUCUCCACUGUCUUCGUCAUCACAUGCAACAUCUUCCGAAUUUGAGUCAGCAGUUGAAGCAGAUCCGGUGGCAGCACUACCACGCCGAUCUUCGAGAGUUCGAAGAGCGCCGCAGUGGUUUGACCCGUUCCACCUUUAUUAA